AUGAUGUUCGAAUCAAUACUAAUUAUUAUAAUUUUAUGUUUAUUAUAUAAAAUAUAUAAAAUUAAUCUACCAAAUACUUCAAGUCCAGCAUCAGAUGGAGAAGAAGAUCAACCAUCAUUAGAAAAGAAUCGAUGCCAAACUGUUCAAAAUUAUAUAAUAACAACAAUCAAUGAAUUUAAACAAGAAAUAAUGGAAGAAAAUUUGCUAUUAUCACCACCCGUAUAUAUAAAUACAACACUUCUGGAAAUUAUCAGUCAGAAUCAAAGCAACCAAUACGUAUUCUUGAAUGACAAAGACCUGACUUGUAAAGAUAUGGAAAUUGUUGCUUACUAUUUAAUACGAAAUAAUAGGACACUCACUUAUUUCUAUCUCCAUAAUAAUCAAAUCGGAGCUCAAGGAACACAAUAUCUAAGUGUUGCAUUACAAAAUAACAACAAAAUUACUUUACUGGUACUCUUCAACAAUCAAAUUGGAGAUAAAGGAAUGAAAUACCUGAGUAAUGCGUUAAAAAAUAAUAAAACACUUAGUGUACUAUCUCUUGGAAACAAUCAAAUUGGAGACAAAGGAACACAGUAUCUUAGUGAUACGUUACAAACAAACAAAACACUCAUUUCACUCUACUUCUCCAACAAUCAAAUUGGCAUUCGAGGAGCACAGUAUCUUAGUGUUGCAUUGCAACAUAAUAAAACAUUGAAAGAACUUCACCUCACCAACAAUCAGAUCGGAGAUAAAGAGAUACAAUGCCUAAGUAAUAUAUUACAAAAUAACAAAACACUCACUCAACUUCAGCUCGGUAAUAAUCAAAUCGGUGCUCAAGGAGUACAAUAUUUAAGUGAAGCAUUACAAAAUAAUCAGACACUCACUUCACUCUCACUCGUCAACAAUCACAUUGGAGAUAAAGGAGCGCGAUAUCUAGGUGGUGCCUUCGAAAAUAAUCAGACACUCAAAAAACUGUAUCUCUCCAACAAUCAAAUCGGAGAUAAAGGGAUACAAUAUUUAAGUGAUGUAUUCAAAGAUAAUAAGACUCUCCAAGAACUGUAUCUUUCCAACAAUCAAAUUGAAGAUAAAGGGGCACAACAUCUAAGUGAUGCAUUCAAAGAUAAUAAGAUACUCAGAGAACUCGACCUUUCCAACAAUCGAAUCGGAGAAAAAGGACGAACAUUUCUUGAGAAAGUAAAGAUAACAAAUACAAAUUUAAAUUUACGAGUUUGA